AGGAACCCGCGCGGCCCGCGCUGCCCGCAGCUCCACGCCCCGGGGUCCUCGCCAUGCGCCCCCCGCACCACACAGCCCCGCGGCCCCCGCUGUUGCUGCUGUUGCUGCUGCUGCCGCUCCCGCCCGCGCCGUCGGGCGCCGCGGAGGUCCCCAGGGCGAAGGCGAAGGCGCAGAUCCGGCAGCGGGAGGUGGUGGACCUGUACAACGGGCUGGGCACCUGCCUGCAGGGCCCAGCAGGGGUGCCCGGGCGCGACGGCAGCCCCGGGGCCAAUGGCAUCCCAGGCACCCCUGGGAUACCGGGCCGUGAUGGAUUCAAAGGCGAGAAGGGGGAGUGCUUGCGGGAGAGCUUCGAGGAGUCCUGGACCCCGAACUACAAGCAAUGUUCCUGGAACUCUCUGAACUAUGGCAUAGACCUCGGGAAAAUCGCAGAAUGCACCUUCACCAAGAUGCGUUCCCACAGUGCACUUCGGGUCCUGUUCAGCGGCUCGCUGCGGCUCAAGUGCAGGAGCGCAUGCUGCCAGCGCUGGUACUUCACGUUCAACGGGGCUGAAUGUGCAGGCCCGCUGCCAAUUGAAGCCAUCAUUUACUUGGAUCAAGGAAGCCCCGAACUGAAUUCAACAAUUAAUAUCCAUCGUACUUCCUCUGUGGAGGGCCUCUGUGAAGGAAUCGGCGCUGGCCUGGUGGACGUUGCCAUCUGGGUGGGGACCUGCUCCGAUUACCCCAAAGGAGACGCUUCUACUGGGUGGAAUUCAGUAUCUCGCAUCAUUAUUGAAGAACUCCCCAAAUGAAUCCUUUCAUUUCUCAUUCUCUACCUCCUUUAAUUAUGGUUCCUCCAGCAUUUAAAAAUUAUUUUACAUACACAUCUAAGUAAACAACGAAGUCAGCCAUGUUUACAGACCAAAGUGUGAUCUCGCACUGCUUUUAAAUCUAGUAUCCAUUUUACUUCAAUCAAAGCUGGCUUCAGAAUUUUAGUCGAUUAGAAAACCUUCUUCAUGUUCUUAUUCCCUGCAUCUAGUGUGCGGAAUUUUGUGUGGCGCUUAGUUUUUUCUGUUUGCUUAGUGUAGCAGUUUUGAAAAUAUAGAAGUUAUUGGUCUUUGUAUAAGUUGUAAAUGUUUAGAGUUGUUUUAUAUCUGUUAAA